AUGUCCGACGUACCUCCAACCGAGUCCAUUCCCAAACCAGAGGAACCUAAAGAACCACAACAGUCUCCUCAGCAACCUCAGUUCCAGCAAGUACCUCCGAAUUACUACCAAUUUCCACCUCAAGGUUACUACCCACCACAAGGCUUCCCGAACUACCCUCCUCAGCCUAUGCCUUACUGCCCCAACCCUUGGAUGUUCCAGCAAGCUCCACCCCAGCAAUUCCAAUCUCAGUCCAAGAGAGACCAAGAAUUCGAAGAAGGUCUGAACCGCUUACGCAAAGAGUAUGCUACAGCUCCAAUUGAGAGAAAGUUGUUCCCGGACCAAAAAAUAUAA